AUGCGCGCCGGUACCAUCAUUCUGUCGGGCCUCAGCGUUCUCGUCGCUGCUCAGACCACCACCACCACCGAUAUUGGCGACGUCAUCGAAUCUGGCAUUUCUUCCGUGAUCUCUGCGGUCUCGUCUGCUAUCAGCACUGGCGCAGGCACUCCCGAGGAGCAAGCCUCGCGCAACUCGGUUGCUCUCAGCAUCGCGACUGCAGCCCAAGGUGCCCAGAGCUCCAUCAUUGCCGACGCCGAAAGCCUCAUCUACGCUGCGCAGUCUUCGGCGCUCGCUGCGGCUUCGUCCAUCUCCAAACAGCUCGCUACCGCCACCGGCGAGGCCGCAUCUUCCGCCAGCGAGGCCCUCAACUCUGCCACCUCCGCCGUCGCUGCCCAGUCUAGCGCCAUCGCAUCUGCUUCCCGCAGUGGCUCCAACGCCAUCGGAAGUGUUACCUCCAAGGCUGGAGACGCUGMAUCCUCCGCAACCGACACCUCUGAGGGUAUGGCUGCGGCUACCAACAUGCCAAUCGCUGCUGCUGCUGCGCUCGGUGGCGUUGGAAUGGUCGUCCUCGGAAUGUUGUAG